AGAGACGGAGCGGAAGAUGGCGGCGGAGGUGCUGCUGUCCAGUCUGUUGGGAUUGCUAUUUCUAGGGCUCCUGUUACCUGCGCGUCUGACGGGCGGUGUCGGGAGCCUGAAUUUGGAGGAGCUGAGUGAGAUGCGUUAUGGCAUCCAGAUCUUGCCGUUGCCUGUCAUGGGAGGGCAGCCUCUGCCUCCCUGCCCCUCUUCCCGACCCUUCUUUCCCAGAGCCAAGCUUCAGACGUGGUGGUUGUGUCUUCAAAGUACAAACAGCGCUAUGAGUGCCGCCUACCAGCUGGAGCUAUUCACUUCCAACGUGAAAGAGAGGAGGAGACGCCUGCUUACCAGGGGCCCGGGAUCCCUGAAUUGUUGAGCCCAAUGAGAGAUGCCCCUUGUUUGCUGAAGACCAAGGACUGGUGGACAUAUGAAUUCUGUUAUGGACGUCAUAUCCAGCAGUACCAUAUGGAAGACUCGGAGAUCAAAGGUGACGUCCUCUAUCUUGGCCACUACCAGUCCUCCUUCAACUGGGACGACGAAACAGCCAAGGCUUCCAAGCAGCAUCGGCUGAAACGCUACCACAGCCAGACCUACGGCAACGGGUCCAAAUGUGAUCUCAACGGGAAGCCCCGAGAAGCUGAAGUUCGGUUCCUGUGUGACGAGGGUGCGGGCAUAUCUGGGGACUACAUUGACCGAGUAGAUGAACCCGUCUCCUGCUCCUACGUACUGACCAUUCGCACGUCAAGGCUCUGCCCGCAUCCUCUCCUCCGGCCACCAGCCAGCGCUGCCCCACAGGCCAUUCUUUGUCACCCAGCCCUGCAGCCUGAUGAGUACAUGGCCUACCUCCAGAGGCAAGCUGAGUCAAAGCAGCAUGAAGAGAAAACCACAGAGGAAGUCCAGGACACAGACCGCCAAGUGUGGAGUGGGAGCAAGGCUGCCGGAGCACCCCCAAAGAAAGAAGAUGUCAGCCCAGCCAAGGAAGAGAAGGAAUCAGAGCUCUGGAAGCUUCAGGGGCCAGAGGAGCAGGCAGCAGCAAGAGAGGAGGCGCAGGCAGGGGAACAGGACCUGAACCACGAGGCCGCAGCAGAUCCAGCUCCAAGCCCUCCCAAUGAUUUUCAGAAUAACGUGCAGGUGAAACUCAUCCGGAGUCCCGCAGACUUGAUUCGACUGAUUGAGGAGCUGAAAGCUGCAGAAAAGGGGAAGCCAAGCGUAAGGCGGGAGCAGCCUGGAGACGAUACCACGGAGGCCCCCCAGAGGGAAGCAGAGGGAACGAAGGCGAAGGGAAAGGAUGGUGAGCCCCCGGGUCUUAUGGAAGAGGAGGAUGGUGACGACGAAGAGGAGGAGGAGGAGGAGGAAGAGGACGAGGAGGAGCAGCAGCUCCUGGGAGAGUUCGAGAAGGAGCUGGAGGGGAUGUUGCUGCCCUCAAACCGCGAGCGCCUCCGCUCUGAGGUUAAGGCUGGCAUGGAGCGGGAGCUGGAGAACAUCAUCCAGGAGACAGAGAAGGAACUGGACCCAGAAGGGCUGAGGAAGGAGUCCGAGCGGGAGCAGGCAAUAUUGGCUCUAACAUCCACUCUGGACAAACUCAUCAAGAGGCUGCAGGAGAACCAGAGUCCAGAGCUUGUGCAAAAAUACAAAAAAAGGAGAGUUGUCCCCCAAAAGCCUCCCCCAUCACCACACCCUACAGAGGAGGAACCUGAGCACAGAGUCCGGGUCCGAGUCACCAAGCUCCGUCCUGGAGGCCCCAAUCGGGACCUGACUGUCCUGGAGAUGAACCGGGAAAACCCACAGCUGAAACAGAUCGAGGGGCUGGUGACAGAAGUGCUGGAGAGGGAGGGGCUCACGGCGGAAGGCAAGAUUGAGAUCAAGAUUGUGCGACCCGGGGCUGAAGGUAAGGAAGAGGACACACGCUGGCUGACUGAUGAGGAUACAAGAAACCUUAAGGAGAUUUUCUUCAAUAUCUUGGUACAGGGAGCCGAAGAGGCCAAUAAAGAGCGCCAGCGACAGAGUGAGCUGGAGAGCAACUACCGCCGGGUGUGGGGCUCUCCCGGUGGUGAAGACACGGGGGACCUGGAUGAAUUUGACUUCUGAGACCACCCUGCCAGCCCUCUAAGGAUUCCUGCAUCUUCCUGACCGGCCGGCUCUGCCUCCUUACACCCCAUUCUGGGGCCUUGGAGGCAAAAGGGCAGAUUGGAGCCCAGCACUGGACUUGAGGGGCCCAGCCCCAAGAGUGUAUGAGGGUGUGUGGGGACCCAUGAGGGUGAGGAGCUGUUGCAGCCAGGCCUAUGGGGUCCACUCCCCAAACACACCCUCCUUUGCCCCUUUAGCUUUUUCCUGUCCCCCAACUUCUUAGCACUUAACCCCACUCUACCCAGAGACUUGAUGAGACCUUGUGAGUGGUGGUGGCAGGAACAGCAGGGCUGUGCAGGUCCCCGACCCCACCUCUCCCUAUCCUACCUCCAUUCCCUGUUGCUGUUUGGGAGCUGUUGCCCCUCCCUUGGAACGCCUACUUCCUGUCUCUGCUGUCUCCCGGUACCUGUGCUUCUGAGCCCAGACUAUCUCUUGUCACUGAGGGGAUGGGAGACCUUUCAUAUCACCUCACAAACAAUCCCAGCAAAAAGGGUUGGAGAUGGAGCACCCCCUUGUUCUUCAGCAAUCAGGUUUCUAAAUAAAAAACUGGACCGUCAAGCCAUCAGGCUCUGUGGGGAGGGCAAUCAGGUCAGAGCAGCUCAGGGUGCCGAUCCUGCUUGCUAAACGUUUCCCAGAAAAUGUCAGUGUGCCUGGGGUACACAGGAGGCGACCAGGACAGCUGACCAAUGCCCUACAGUAUGGAGAGAUGCUGUUUUCUCCUGGGUAAGCUGACCAGGCACCAGCCUCCAGAGGCCUGGGGGAGAGUCACAGUCUCUGCUCUGCUCUGCUGUCAUCUUACGGACCUCUGAAAGGAUAAGGAUUUGGAGCCAGGUCUCAGAGGACCCUAAAAGCCGUGGCAAAGCUACAGGAGACCUCUGGUCCCUCCUCUCAUUAUCCAUUACUAUCCCAGGGGCUCACAUGUAUCAGGUGAGCCCUGUACUGCUGAGUUGUGCCCAACCAGUCACUUCAAGCAAAUCUUUCCUGAUCCUCUCCUUCCUUACAUUCUGAAAGCCAAACUGUGUACCACAGAGACCCUCCCACACCCACCUGGGGCAUCUUCCUUCCUGCAGCAUAUUCCAGAUUCCACCUGCUAGCUAACCCCCCCUCCCCCGGAUUAUUUACCAUUCCUGGAAAACUCCACCUACAGUCAUGACCAGGCUGCUGCCCACAAGCCAUUGUCACAGUAUUCCAGAGACAGGCAGGCCUGACUGCCAAGGCAGCUGUGGGUUCCUCCUGCCCCUAUGUCCUCUCUCAAGGUCAUGGGCCCUCAGGACAGUAAAGAUAAAGUUUCUCUUUUGGGCCCCCAGAUGGAGACAAAAGGGGCUCACUACAGGAAAGGGACUGAAGACAACGUGCCCUGCCAUCUCCAGAAGAGUGAACCGAUUAUUUCGGUAAUGAGGGCGAGUGUCCCAGUCCUUCCUCAUCUCACAAGGCAUCCUCUGAGCAGGAUGCAAAUGUGGAGGCAGUCCCAGAGGAUCCCAAAACUGCUGCCAAGUUACAGGAGACACCCCCCAGACCGACAGAGGACGAGGCUGCAGCAGUGGACUUGAGUCAGUGCCUCAGCGCAGUUAGAAAACAGAAACCUGGCUUCACUGGGUCAGUCUGAACUGUCAACAAUACAUUCCUUUUCCCUCUCUCUUGACUUUUGGCAAAAUUCCACGAAGAUCAGUCAGCCUCAGCUAUGCCAAGGCAAACAAAAGGAACAGAACGGCAGGUGUGUGUGUUGGGGGUGGGGGUGGGGGUGGGGGGGGCAUGGCAUCCAGAAGAGGGUGGAGAGGUGCACGGCUGCCGAGGAGGGGCUGUGUGGGCACUGAAGGAGCAGCAGCUUGCCUGUGCCUGUCCAGGGCCACCCACCCCUCCUUCUCAGCCCCAGUCUAGGGGGCUUGAAAUCUUGUCAUUCCCCACAAAGCUAAUGUCACCCAUUAAAGUAAAUCAACUAGUUGGCGGUAGAGUUUGCGGACAAUCCUGACCCUCUUCCGCUGGCCUGUGGAUCCCUUGACAAGCGACUCUGUUCUGUCCAGGGUCCUUGUUUCCUCCCCAGAUCCGAACACACUGAGCUUCUAAGGUAGGGUGUGAGCUUUUGCUAGAAGGGAAGGUGGCGAUGCUGUAGGGGAGAAUCAAGGUCUCGGCUCAGUGGGAUCUGCCAGGUCUCCCCCACUUUGUCCCUCUCUACCACUCCUCCCUGGGUCAUGCUGAUGUGCUAGGUGGUUACCCAGCCAGGAGCUCUGCAGAGCAGCUUCCAGAUGAGACCUGUUUCUGGAGGUCUGACCAGACCGUGUCAGCUCACUGGCACGUCUACAGUGAACACUUUAGAGGACACUUAGAACCAAUCCUAUCCAAAGACGCCGGUACGGCCAACUGACUCCUCAGGGUAGACGAUAGCAGGUGGGGACCCAACCUGCUCUAGCCACUAGCCCAGUACCACCCUGGCUGAGCCUUUAUCAGGCCUGGUGCUUACAGCUUCUACACACAAAAGGCAGGGCUGGCUAUGUGCAAGCUGCCAUGCUAUGACCCAGGCCACCAUGACCAGGUGACCCUAAAACAAUAAAAGUGAGCAAAUACCUGGACCUUGUGGACCUUUGGGCCUGCCGAAUGGUUGGGAAAUCUUUUGCCCCUUCAGUCCCUACUGUCCCACCUCCAUCAGCUCUGUUGCCUAGUGACCAAAGCAUCUUCCCCAGGGUCACUGCACUUACAGGGGUCCCCUCAACACUAAGAGGCCACUGGGUUCACUUGUCCAACAACCCCACCUUCUCAGUCCUCAACUCCCGAGGCCUGUCUCUUUCUCCAAACACCAGGCUCCAACUCCUUCCCAGGCUCAGCAUCAAUUGUGCAUCUAACAUCUGCUCUUGGGUUCCCACUGUUGCUCCUACCUCAUAAACCCAGGGUUGUUGUACAAAGCUGGAACUACCUCUGUGCCCAUGGGUGCUGUCUUAGCCCCAGCCCAGAAACCAGAACUUCUGCUUAAUCCUUUCCCAUCCCCAACAUGGAGACCACACCCUCACCUGCCUGUCGAAUAACAGACCAGCAUCUCACCCCCUAGACAAAAUCACUUGCUCUUUAAUUGCUGUUAAGAUUCACACCACCUGCUUUGGAGGUGAGGGGGGUAACCCCUGCCCCCUCUUCACUCCACUCCCCAAUUACCUGGUCUUUUGCAAAAUAUUUUAGCCAGGAAAAAAAAAAAAAAAAAAAAAAAAAAA